AUGAUCAGAUCUCUUGCACCAAGUUCACUCGCCAUCGCCACCCCACUGCGCGCAUGUUGGCUGCUCGGUGCUCGCUGCCAGUGUUGUCCCUCCAGCGAUUAUUACGCAGCACCAAACCCUCGCUUCUCACAUCCCAUCACGGCCAAUGGCCUCUCGGCAUCUGGUGCUUCUUGGUCUUGUACUCGCUGUAGUCUGCAUCGGCUCGGCGGACGCUAA